CGAAAUAAGUUAAGCUUUCAUGAAGCUCAUAAAAAUAAUUAAAAUUCGUCGAUUAGGCUUUCGCAUUUGACGAACUGGAUGUUGCGUACUCUUUGCCUUAUGUUUGUGUUUGACAGUUUGACAUGUUUACAAAACACAAUUUGCAUUAUUCCUUGUUCUUUUUAAUACGCCGUGACUUGGUCUUUCAUUAAUUCUCAAUAAAUAAAGCUUUUUUUUAAUUUCCAGUCAGGAAAUAGAAAAUUAUGUUACACCAUGGAUGCAAUGUUUGAUAUUUGCUAUUUAUCAUCUGACGGUACAACUGUUGAACCCGAUGAUAUUCCUAAGACAAAGGAAAAUGUUUGGGUUUUGGGGAAGAAAUAUAGCGCAAUUCAAGAUUUGGACCGUAUAAGACGAGAUAUUAGUUCAAUUAUUUGGUGUACGUACAGAAAAGGGUUUGUUCCAAUAGGAGAUGAAGGGCUAACGUCUGAUAAAGGCUGGGGUUGCAUGUUGCGAUGUGGCCAAAUGGUUCUUGGUGUAGCAUUGGUCAGAGUUCACUUGUGUGCUGACUGGGUCUGGAGUCCAGAAACUAGAGACCCAACAUACCUUAAAAUUAUACAGAGAUUUGAAGAAAGAAAACAAGCACCAUAUUCUAUUCAUCAGGUUGCAUUAAUGGGAGCUAGUGAGGGUAAAGAUGUUGGUCAAUGGUUUGGACCAAAUACUAUAGCACAAGUUUUAAAAAAAUUAGUGGUAUAUGAUAAAUGGAGUUCAUUGGUAAUACAUGUGGCCUUAGACAAUACGGUUGUAAAAGAGGAUAUACUUCAACAAUGUAUUGUUACAAAUGACCGAGGGGACUCGUCAAAGUCCUCAGGCUGUGUGACUGUGUCAGAUUGGAUGCCACUUUUGUUAAUUGUGCCUCUUAGAUUAGGACUAAGUGAAAUAAAUCCUAUUUAUGUUGAUGGGCUUAAGAUUUGCUUUCAAUCUCCGCAAUCUGUUGGUGUUAUCGGAGGAAAGCCAAAUCAAGCUCUAUACCUGGUCGGUUGUGUUGGUGAUGAAGUUUUAUAUUUAGAUCCACACACCACACAAAGAUCUGGACUAGUUGAAAAUAAAUCAACAGAUGAGCAAAAGGAAAUGGACUGUUCCUAUCACUGCAAAUAUGCAUCUCGAAUACCAAUACUUGCCAUGGACCCAUCGGUAGCUGUUUGUUUUCUUUGCCGCACGAGGAGUGAUUUCGACGAGCUAUGCGUUAUAAUAGAGGAGAGUUUGAUGCGCGAGUCGCAGCCACUGUUUGAGUUAUGUGAGACACGGCCACCACAUUGGGGACCUUCCAAUGCUGACAUUGAUCUACAGAACACAACAUUGUUUACAGAGUUUGAAGAUGUUGACAGACAGUUUGAUGAUUCAGAUGAUGAAUUUGAGAUUAUAUGAAGUAAAAAUUAUAUUCAUUUUCCUUUUUACAUCACAAUAUGUUAUUAAAAAUAUAUUAUAUUAUAGUAAUAGUCAAUAUGGAUAUCUAAACAAGCAACAAUAUUUUACCUAGCUUUAAACAAUUUUCUUUCAAAAAAAAUAUUUUAAUAUAUUGUUUCUAUAUGUUAUGCUUACUGCACUGAAUAUUUAGACUGAUACAUUGGCAAUCUUAUUUCAUAGUGCCUUUUAUAAAUAUAUAUAUAUAUACCAAACAAAUUAAAUUGAUACCGCCUGCAGAUAUUCAUUCCCAAUUCUAUUUGAAGCUGUUAUCGUGGGUAGAUGUCAAAAAAUCUGUACAAUAACAAAAUGUUAUACCUGUUUUUUAAAAUACAGUGGGAGAGAUGACAAUAUUUAUAUUUUUGUUUGUGUACUUGGGUAGUGAAAACCCAUAUAAGCAAACCUACAAAAACUAGUCACAAUAUAGUUAAAAAUAGCUCAAAUUAUAUUUUAUUUGGUCUUUUAAAUUAUCACUAAAUCAAAUUAUAUAUUAUAAUGUGAACUUUUGCUCUCUUCGAAUAUUAAUUUAAAAAAAAAUAAACGCCACAAAAUGUUUGGUGAUAUUUUGGAACAGUCCAGUGCCAAUUAAGCUAAACAUAUUGCCAUUAUAGUAAUUUAGAUAGUCUCAUAUACAGUUUAAUUUGAAAAAUAUAUAUUGCGGCAAUACAUAUAACCUUAUUAUUGUAUCUUUCUUACAUUUGGUUAUAAAACCAAAGAUUGUGUUUUAUUUUUAUAA